AUGUUCGCCCGCAACGCUGUCAAGUUCAAGGCGCCGCUCGGCGCGCGCGGCAUCGCCGUCGUGCCCAACGACCUGCCCCCGGUUCUCCGCCGUGCUAUGCUGUACGGUAAGUUUACUCCGCUGGCUCUCGUCCCACCUUACCGAGGGCUGCCCGGCUCGAACCCGCGCAUGCUGGAGAAGUCGCUCGCCUCGCCCGCCGACUCGAUUUCGUACGACCUCGAGGACGCGGUCGCACCGGCGCAGAAGCCGGAGGCGCGCCGCCUCGUCUCCGACAUGCUCAACUCGGGCAAGCGGCCCAAGGGCGAGGUCAUGAUCCGCAUCAAUGCGGUGGGAACCGGUUUCGAGGAGGACGACGUGAAGACAGCGCUCACGACGCGCAACGUCUCGGCCAUCGCGCUGCCCAAGACCAACUCGCCGGACCACAUUGCCUGGCUCGUCUCGCGGAUCAACGAGUAUGCUCCGGCGGAGCGACGGACGGGCGGCGCCUCUCCCAUGCGCAUCGUGGGCAUGAUCGAGUCGGCCGAGGCGAUGGUGAACAUCCACGAAAUCGCUGCAUCGGGACAGGGCCACCUCGACUCCCUCCUCUUCGCGGCUGAGGACUACUGCGCCGAUGUGGGCAUCACGCGCACGCCCUCUAUGCAAGAGUUGCUGUACCAUAGGUCGCGGCUCGUGGUGGCUGCCAAGGCGUGGGGUCUGCAGGCGAUUGAUCUCGUCUGUGUCAACUUUAAGCAGCCCGAGGUCCUCGCGCGCGAAUGCGAGGAUGGCCACCGCCUCGGAUUCACGGGCAAGCAGGCCAUUCACCCCAACCAGGUUGAGGAGAUUCAGCGCGCAUACGCGCCCUCCGACAAGGCUAUCCGGAAGGCGGCGCGCGUCAAGUUCUCCUUCGAACUCAAUGAUCAGGCGGGCAAGGGGGCUUAUGCCCUCGAUGGGGCUAUGAUUGACGCUCCGGUUUAUAAGCAGGCGCUCAAGGUGCUCAGCCUUGCUUCCGCCGCUGGACUGCCUAUCCCGGAGAUCACGGAGAAGGACAUCCAGUAA